AUGUCUUCGUGUCCAACCAUGGAUCAGAUGAGUGAUAAUAACGCCAACGACUCGUGUGGCGAUCCAAUCGCUGAACAUGAGGUGACGGCCGACCAGAGUGACGACCAAUCGGUCGCUGAAGAGGAGAUACGCGAGACAAACAGCUCUAAGAAACCAAAAUCUGGUAAAAAAGUGGUCAAAAUCGGUGACAACACGAAGAAUAAGAGAGGAAUCGUUUACUUAAGUUACGUACCGAUGGGUCUGAACGCCACGCGAUUGCGACAACUGAUGGCAGAGUACGGAGAAGUGAACCGAAUAUUCCUCCAGAAGGAGAGGUCCGGCAACGAGUCGGCGGCGAAGAGGCCGAGGAGGGCGUCGCUCAAGAAGUCCUACAAUUGCCGGUACGUCGAGGGGUGGGUGGAGUUCCGCAAGAAAUCGGUGGCCAAACUGGCGGCCGGUGUCCUCAAUGGUCAACAGAUUGGCGGCAAACGGAGGACCAAAUUCUACGACCAGAUCUGGAGUUUGAAAUAUUUGCAUAAGUUCAAAUGGAGUCAUUUGGCGGAACAGUUGUCGUACGAGAAGGCGUUCACUCAACAGAAGCUGAGGUUUGAGAUCUCGAGGGCUAAGAAGGAGAACUCGUUUUACGAACAAAUGACACAUAAAUUCAAAUAUCAAUCCAAACACAAGACCCCCGAUGAGGGCAGCGAUCGGCGCCAUUACAAGCAAAGGGUCACCGAUGAGCUGAUCCGCCAAAACAAGCCCACGAACAGUGGUGUGGACUUUGAGCUGUUGAGCAAAAUAUUCAAAUAG